AUGAAUUUUGCAGAGUGCCUUGAAUUAACUUUAAUUCUCGCUCUUCCUUUUGGACCUGUUCACGGACUCUUGGAUCAGAUUCUGUUUGGUUUGUUUUAUUCACCGUUGAUUUUGUACUUCUGUCUUCCUCGGCCACAAAACCGUGUAUUUGAAUACUUUCUCUGGUUAGUGAGUUUGCCAACAGCUGCCCUUCAAGCCUCCGUUUCACACUCUUCUCCACUGAACGUUCCUCUCAAAUUAAUUGUCGUUGGUAACGUCGUGCAGAGCAUCUGUCAUUGCUUGCCAAGUGCUGCAAUUGCGGAAUUUGUCUGGUGCCAGUUUCGACAGCUGCAUCCUGUGCUAGCAUUUCAUCUUCAGCUGUGUCGAGUAUUUCAUGAUUACGUCGGUAGCAGCUUUUCGUUUGUCGAGCGCACGACUCUCUCGGCGUUGCUCUCAGCUCUUGCUUUGGGCGGUGUGUUCGCUACUUCGUCUGAUUCACUUCUUACGAUACUGAACUGUACCACGAAUGUGUUUCUCGCCUUUUUGCUCGUUUGGACCUUUGCAGCAGAGAAGCUUGGAAGUGUCUCUCAAUCAUAUGCUAUGUAUGCCCCGCCCAUACUGGCGCUCGGUUCAAGUUGUCUCUGGCUUUCAUUUCAGCUUCACAUCAAUCCGGCAAUCUGGCUCAAACAGGUUCUCUUGGAACAGCCAGAAUCCGCCUUACGACUGCGUAUCCUCUGCUGGUGGAUUGCUUGCUUGUUCAUCGCAGGCCUACUUGUUUCAGUUCGUUCCAUUUUGGCUAUAAAACUAAGGUGUCUCCUACCUAAUCAGGAAGCAGUUCUUAACUUUCACCGCAAGCUUUAUCACGGUUUGGUGGUUGUUAUGUUCCUGCCUACUCUUUCUCUUGAUCCGUUUCUCGCCCAUCUCUCGUUUUCGCUUGCCGCUCUUGGUUUCCAGGUUGUGGAGUACGUUCGUGCCUAUCGAAUUGCGCCCUUUGGUGCCAUCAUCCACGACUUUUUGUGGCAGUUUACCGACCGAAGAGAUCACAAGGGCACACUCAUCAUUUCCCAUCUUUACCUCUUGUUGGGAUGUGCACUUCCUGUUUGGCUGUCACUAGCCGCUGGAUCUUCGGCACGUUCCAUCGAUUUACUGCUGGGCGUCUUGUGUCUUGGUUGCGGCGAUGCAAUGGCAAGUUUAGUUGGCAAGCGUUUUGGUCGCAUCCGCAUUCGUCAUACUUCUAAGACGGUGGAAGGAACAUUGGCUUUUAUGCUCGCUGUGCUCGUUCCACUCCUUCUUCUUUCCUUUUUCGAACAUGUGCAAACUCCAUACUGGUUACACAGUGUCUUGCUUUCCUUUGCAGCUGCUUUGAUGGAGAGUGUGUCUCGUCAAAAUGAUAAUCUACUUCUGCCUAUCUACUGCUGGACAGUGUCCCGCGCUUUUACGAGAACAAGCGGCUGUCCUGAAAGAUCGUCCCGCUAA